AAACAGCUGAUAAAGUAAUAAUACGUCUUCAAUCUGCUUGUUUUUAUUUCAAAAUUAAUUAUAAUAUUGAACAACUAUUUUAGUUUCUAUAUUGCUGAUUGGCUGUGCCCCAGACGUCGUCUAUUAAUGUUCUGAACAGAGAUUACUACAUUGAUCGAAUAAUGUUUAAGAAGGCAAAACCACAAAUUGAGCCCCCACCCACAGCUCCAACAGUGGAUGAAAUGCAAGCCGAUAUGGAGACCUUCGUAUUUACCCAACCGUCUAUUAAUAGCAGCGGUAAUACUGACAAUGCCGAUUUGGAGCACACACUUCUCACGGAACCAGAGAGCUUGGCGCUUCCAACUUGGUGGCAGGUUUUCGACGAAUACGAUCAAAAAGUUAGGAAAAUGGCAGCCAUGGAAGAGAAAUUGGUCACCCAGAGAGAUCGGUUGUUGGCAUGUCAAGCGAAACUAGAUGAAAAUGCCCAACAGCUCCGCGAUGGCAUUCAAAGGCAACAAACAUCCAUUAAAGAAGUUGUUAAAGUUUAGUUUAGUAACAAAAAUAAAAUCCUAAUGCCUUAAAAAUA